UAGGCCAAAAACAAGCAGCCCAAGUGUUCAGUCACCUGCUUCCACUUACUCCUCUUCUGCUACUUAAUCGUUGGAGACAAAGGGAAGUCCAGUGCAUGAUGCUCAAAAAGAAAGAAAAAAUAAGAAAGAAAAGGAUGUUGAAUGAACAGCAAGACAAUUGGGGUGGUAACAUGUCUAAGGGGAAGAAUGCCAAGCAUUGGGCAGCAGAGCUACUCAGCAGGGUAAAGAUGUAAACCAGGAUGCACAAAAUGGGGCUUCCUGCACUGACACAGUCUGGAACGUGAGGUCUAAGGAUGGUGAAACUGGGGAGCAAUUUGAAUGACAAGAACAAGCAGCAGCCGUCCAAUGAGGAUGGUUUUCAGACAGUUCCUUUGAUAACCCCCUUGGAAGUAAAUCAUUUGCAGUUCCCAGCACCGGAAAAGGUGAUUGUGAAAACAAGAACAGAAUACCAACCAGACCAGAAGAACAAAGGAAAACUCAGAGUGCCCAAAAUUGCUGAAUUCACAGUCAGUUUCACUGAUGGUGUAACAGAAAGAUUAAAGGUCACUAUUCUCAUCAGUUUGGCUCUUGCGUUCCUUGCCUGCAUAGUGUUUCUUGUGGUAUACAAAGCUUUUACCUAUGACCACAGUUGCCCAGAUGGAUUCGUUUAUAAGCAUAAGCGGUGCAUUCCAGCCUCCCUUGAUGCUUACUAUUCAGCUCAGGAUUCCAACUCCAGGGGCAGAUUCUACACUGUCAUCAGCCAUUACAGCAUGGCCAAGCAAACCAGCUCUCGGUCUGUAUCUCCCUGGCUUUCUUCAGGAUCGGUAAAUCAUGAAACCAAGGCCACCAAGACAGAAGGCCAUUAAAGCCAUUUGGUGGCCUGGGGAUGUAAUGGGGGAAACAACAUCAUGUCUCGAAAGCAUUGCUCUAGUUCAGAGAGGGCGCCGUGCCACCAGUGCAACAAGAAUAAACAAUCUCCAAGUGCAGGUGUUAUCUUAAUGGAUCUCUCUCUCUCUCUCUCUCUCUCUCUCUCUCUCUCCCUCCCUCUCCCUCUCUCUCCCUCUCCCUCUCCCUCUCCCCCUCUCUCUCCUCCCCUCCCUUUGGUGCAUUGUUCUCGUUAAUUUGUAACUAAGUCAAGAUCUUGUACAAAGGCAUGUUAGGUGUUGACUAUAUCUUACAAUGUACAAAUAUUUUUAAAACCAUUGCUUAAUAUUUGUUAAGAAAAUAAAAAUUAAAAAACAAAAAAAGCAAAUCCAGAGAAUAUUCACAAGGAAGUAGAAGAGAUGGUGAACAGGAUUUCUCAGGCCUGAACUCAGCUGAGAAGAUGGAGAACCGAAAUGGUGGGGGUGGGGGCGGGGAGGAAAUGCUAGGGCAUUGGUUUGUCAAAAUAUGGUGUGAAAGGGAAACUCAUGUUGGCGGAGGGACACUUUAUAGUAGACAAUUAUAAUACACAAUAUAAAACACAAGGGGUUCGACAAAAGCCCAGUA